AUGCGUGAGCUGGAGGAUCUCGAACAGGAUAUUGACGCCCUUGAGAAAGAGAUUGAGUCUUUGAAGAAAAGAACAGCCGAUGUGAAGGGUGAGAUCAGAGACAAGAGGUUAGGUGGAUCCCGUACGAAAGACACAACGAAUGUUGUCAUCCAGGAAUUCGAAAGCGUCUUUGAGAAGUUCCCACAACUGUACGAUAUACUGUACAACGACUACCGACCGGACGCAUCGGAUAACGAUGACAACGACACCAAUUCCGUGGACUCAGCGGGGAGCAACCGUGCCAAUCAGACGAACAAUCGCAGCGUAUCGGCAACGGCUACCCCCGUUAAAACGGGCAAGGACAAAGCACAUCAGCAGGGCAACCGUUCAGAUGAGGAUUUACCCGAGGACGAAUGGGUGCUGAAGAACCAGGUGCCGAUUGAACAUCAAAUGUUCGACCAAAGUGUCGGUGACUUGUUGGACACCGAUAUACUGUCGUCACCUUCAAAGAGGAAGCGCAACCCAGCGCAGCAUGGAGCGGAUACGUCCCGACUACACGAGAAGAUUCUUCUAGAAAACGCUUACCGACUAUUUGGUAUCACGUACUUCCCAGUGGUAGACCCUGCGGACUUGCAAUUGAAUGCGGAGACGCAAAAGAUGGUCAUUACGCGAGAGAUGCUCGGAGUGAGAUUCGACGUGUUCAAUGACCAGGAUUCCAAGUUCGAGAAACCGUUCUACGUGCUGUUAAAGAAGAAUCUGAAGGCCAAGGUAUGGGAGAUCUUCAAGCACACGAUCCCGGGAAACAUUGACGUGCACUCUCUAUUCCAUACAAUAACGGGUGGCCUCGCCACGAGUAACAACGAUAUUUAUCUAUUCUCUAAAGAAGUCUACGUCAGAUUGGUCCAGAGUUCCUUGCGGUUGAAACACUUCAACUCUUUACAGGAACGUGGCCUGAUAGAAGAUCUAAGGGGGGACCUUAGAAGCACGAAUGUGUCGUUCAUGACGGGUCCCAGGUUCAUGAUCGACGUGAAGUUGACCAUUCAGAACAAUGAAGUCGUCUCGGUGUACGUGAAAAAGGGCAAAGAGGAGGUCAAGAGUAAGUUGGCCAUGUUCCUCACUGGGCCCAUCGAUGAUCUGGAGGGGAAACUGAAGCAGUUAACCGUAGAAAAAUUCGUUUAA